AUGGGAGGCACGUCAUAUGGAUUCGAACUGGACGGUAAGCUGACAGAUCGAGAUGAAAAAAGUUCUGAUAGACUAGCUAGUCAAGACUUUACGUCUGAAAAUCUGUUAUCUUCAACUACAGAUUCAGCCCAUUGCAUAACAUUUUUGUCAUUGAAAGAAAAAACCCUCGCAAAUGAUCUAGAUAUAAUUGAUAGAAUUGAAAUUGUGAAUGAUGUCUUGCUUGAACAUGGAAAAAUAAAUAGAGAUGAGGUCAUUUACAUUCGUUCUGAGAGUGAUGCAGGCCUUGUCCAGGAUAAAUGUUUAAAAAACCAAUAUUAUAGUAGUACCUUGGAUGAUAUUAGAAAGGCAGAUGUAUUUAUAGAGAAGCAAACUAAAACAAAGGCAACAAAAGAAAAAUGUCCUGUCAUACCUAGGGAAUCUACUGACGAAAUACAGCGAAGAGCCAAACUAGUAGUUACUCCUCUGAUAGACCGGUUGGAAACUAUAGAAAACAGUUCAGAUGAACAUAUGGUUCCACUAAAGGAAUCACCUGUUUCUGCAAGAGAAAAGGGAGAGUUCUCUCGUGCAGAAAGUCAUUCAAAAUCACACAUCAAAUCUCAUGAAAUUAGUACUACUACUGAAGUAGUUAAAGAUCAUGGCAUCAUUGACAAGUUAAAGAAGAUAUUUGGUGUUCAAAAAGAUGUGACGGAAAUAAAGGUGUCCAUGACAAAAGACAGAUUUUUGAAGGAAUCGGUGAAAGCUGGAAAGAAGAAAUUACACCAGAAAAAAAUAGCUCCAGUUAUCAUUUGGGAUUUUGGAGGCCAAGAUGUCUUCUAUAGCACCCACCAAACAUUUCUUACGUAUCGAGCCAUUUACUUGAUAGUAUUAGAUGGUAGUAGAACCCUUGAUGAUCCAUGCCCGUUUGAACAAUAUCUGCCUGGAAAGAGUGGAGGUAAAACUGCACGAGAUUACCUUAGAUUUUGGAUAAAUACCAUAGUAACAUAUUGUAAAGGAAGUGGACCAGGAUUUCCUAAAAUCAUGAUUGUCUUAACUCAUAAGGAUAAAUUAGAAGCUAGAAUUAACCCAAAACGUUCAUCAGAAAGUACGAAGACCUUAUAG